AUGGUGGCGAGUUCGUUCGUGGAGCCUGCUACGGGCCAUCAGGAAAGACUGGGAGAGCAUGCGGUGGAAACACCAAUGGGCAGUUACGCACUAGCUCAGCAGGUGGCCUAUUUUAAUGGCCAGCAGUGCAUAAAUGAAACAAGCACCCCGUCUUGUCGCCUUUGUUUCUCGAGUUACCCUGCACUGGGCAGCUCGGACCAGCACCCCUCUGCACUUUGCAGCUCGGACCAGCACCCCUCUGCACUGGGCAACUUGGACCAGCAGCUCUCUGCACUAGGCAGCUCGGACCAGCACCCCUCUGCACUGGGCAGCUCGGACCAGCACCCCUCUGCACUGGGCAGCUCGGACCAGCAGCCCUCUGCACUGGGCAGCUCAGACCAGCAGCCGUCUGCACUGGGCAGCUCGGACCAGCACCUCUCUGCACUGGGCAGCUCAGACCAGCACCCCUCUGCACUGUGCAGCUUGGACCAGCACCUCUCUGCACUGUGCAGCUCGGACCAACACCCCUCUGCACUAAGCAGCUCGGACCAGCAGCCCUCUGCAUUGGGCAGCUCAAACCAGCACCCCUCUGCACUGGGCAGCUCAGACCAGCAGCCCUCUGCACUGGGCAGCUUGGACCAGCAGCCCUCUUCACUGGGCAGCUCAGACCAGCAGCCCUCAGCACUGGGCAUCUCGGACCAGCACCCCUCUGCACUGGGCAGCUCGGACCAGCACCCCUCUGCACUGGGCAGCUCGGACCAGCAGCCGUCUGCACUGGGCAGCUUGGACCAGCACCCUCUGCACUGGGCAGCUGAGACCACUUGGACCAGCACCCCUCUGCACUGGGCACCUCGGACCAGCACCCCUCUGCACUGGGCAGCUCGGACCAGCAGCCCUCUAGACUGGGCAGCUCAGACCAGCAGCCCUUGCACUGGGCAGCUCAGACCAGCAGCCCUCUGCACUGGGCAGCUCGGACCAGCACCCCUCUUCAUUGGGCAUCUUGGACCAGCACCCCUCUCAACUGGCAGCUCAGACCAGCAGCCGUCUGCACUGGGCAGCUCAGACCAGCACCCCUCUUCACUGGGAAGCUCGGACCAGCACCCCUCUGCACUGGGCAUCUCGGACCAGCACCCCUCUGCACUGGGCAGCUCGGACCAGCACCCCUCUGCACUGGGCAGCUCGGACCAGCACCCCUCUGCACUGGGCAGCUCAGACCAGCAGCCCUCUGCACUGGGCAACUCGGACCAGCAGCCCUCUGCACUGGGCAGCUCGGACCAGCACCCCUCUGCACUGUGGCGAUACGCCGACUCGGCCUUCAAGGUCGUCUCACCAACACUUCUAGAUCCAAUGAUGUUUGCUGACCCGACAGUUCUGACUGUUUUUGAGGCAGGUGGGGGCAGGUGGGUGGGGCAGCUGCCUGUCGCGUCCCCGUUUCGCUCCGCGGGCCAGCAGGCGCCUCCGCCUCGGCCCCCCGCUCAGCCACCAGCCACCGGCGGCGUGUUUGCCAUCGCGGCCGGCCGGCUGACUCGCCUCGGCGUCCGCUGGACGCCUGGGAAGCCGCCGCUGCCGUGUUGCUUUCACCGCGGCCUCCCGCCUGGGAAAUGUUGA